AAUGGGAUAAUAUCAUCAUUAAAGUGCUUAGCAUAGUAGGUGCUGUAUAAACACUAGAUGAUAUAACUUUUGGAGAUUGCUGAUAGUGCUUUAGAAUGCAUAUCCAUCAGCUCUAAGAAUGAAGUUGAUGAGAGCCUGUUGAUCAAGCUUAUCAAGAGGAGCUAGAUGUUAUCUCCUUACUUAUCUGGGGUAUCAACUCCCUGUUAUAUUCCAUCCAUUCUAGUGAAGUCAACCAGCAUUUAGUAAGCUCCUGCUGUGUGCCCCACACCACUGGAGGAUGCAAGGAAAGGCAGUUCAAAGAUUACUGUCUUUGGCAGAGAAGACAGGAGCACAAUAACAGUUGAUCAGCUCUGCCAUCAAUCCCCCAUGUCCUUCAUGCAAAAAGGCUGUAGGUGGCCUCAGACUUCACCAAAGCACUGGCCAUGAAACCACCUGAAAAUGUCUCCACCACAAGCAUUUUCUCCAGCUGAUAGUUCAUGCUUAUCAGCGUAUAUAACAGAAAAAGUAGCCCUUCAAUGAAAAUAAGAUUUUCAAUUUAAAUUUUGUCAUGACACCCAUCUGCAUUGAACAUUUUUUAAACAUAGCCAUCAUUUCUUCAUUUGCCUCAGCAUAUCAAAAACCAAAACAUCUUCAUAGGCUGAUUUCUCAGGUGUUGUCAGUAAGAAGAUUUCAAAUUAAUAGGAUUUCUGUGCUCUUCAUUUUCAAUGCAAUGAAGUAUUAAGAUCCAAAAUGAACUUAGAAGAGUGAUAGAAAUCUGAGUUGGAAAGAUUAAGUUUUUUUUUUUCAAUCAACAUAGCCAGCCUAGACUACAGUUAUCCCUACCAUAUCAUCGGGGUUAGGUGCACAGGGCAGCCUCUCCCCCCGUGAUCUGGAGAAUCCACAUAAAAUCUUUUGGCCCUCUCUUCAUACCAGAGAAGAAGUCUAAACUUUUUCUUUUUUGUUUAUGAGGCGUUUACCUUAUGGAUUAAGUAUUUGGUCAUAGGCUCUGUGUGGUCUGCUGGCCUUCCUGUGUCAUCUGUGCUUUCUGCAAAACUCCAAAAAAAAAAAGUCCCAUUUAAUGUCUUAUGCCAAUCCGCAAUAUAUCGAAACAUGAUGGGGAAAGUCAAGAUAUAGAAGGGAUAACUACUUCUGGAGCAUUCUGUAUUUCAAAUGUGCAGUGUCUUGAAUCUGCUGCCAUUUCCAAAGAAAGGCAGUUGCUUAAGCUGGUUGUUUUCUGUGAUGGAAUUUUCUCUCAGAUUUCUGGUAUAUGCUUAUGUUUUCUGUUAUGUUUGGAUCUUGCUUUUUUUUUUUGUAGCCCUGUUUCACCUAGUGCCAUGAAUUUUUGUUUCACCUGAACAGCCGUAAAUCAAAGUUUCUACAUGAGUGUGAGGCUAGACCUCUGUAGAGUUUGUGAUUGCAGUGGUUUCUUCCACCACCUUCAUAUUCACACUUUACACAUUAUCUCUUUGGCAACAGAGUAGAAAGUGACCACUUCUGCAGUCUGCUGCCAGCAAUGGAAUCUGACCACUAGCUGUGCCCCCAGCUUCCAUUUCUGCCAGAAGUCAGGGUGAUUGUAUUGUAAGUAGCAGAGUAUUAAGCUAAAACUCAACAUGUCUACCAGGAAGUCAUCUCAAAAGAUGGUCACCAGAUCUAUCCAAGGAAGAAAUCUCACUUUCACUGCUAUGUGGUAUCAAGUAUGUAGCAUCAUAGGUGGUUCCUUUGCAAAAUUGUCUCAUCAAAUUCCAGUCAUGGUCUGCUUUCGGUGCGUGGAUUCACUGUCUCAUUUGCCAUUGCAGAAAUAGUCUAAGGGAUAUUGCCCUCAUUUAACUCUUACCUUCAGUGUUUACUUACUUUAAAAUAUUUUCAGGUUGACCCCACCCCACCCCUAAAGGUCAUUUGGCUAGAUUCUACAUGCUUAUUGCUCUUAAUCCUUACACAAAUUUCUUUGGUCUCCUAAUUAUUUUUAUUCUUCAUUGAAUGUGAAAGUUGAAAAUAGUUUUCUAGUGGAAACUUUGCCAAAAUUGUGUAGCAAGGACCUAUUAUUUCCCCAUUCCAUAACAGAAAUCUUUUAUGUUCAAUCCAAAAUAGCAAUGACUCCUUCCUAACUCGCCUUACCUCUGCCCCAUUCUGCUUUUCAUAAUUACCCCAAGAUCUUUUUCAAACUAAUCAGGUCCCGGGUAUUCUUACCUAUUAAAUAUUUUUCAUGGAAUUUUAUUAGAUUUUUCUCCAAGUUGUUUAUUGUGUUUUUUUGAAAAACAACUUUUCUUUUGAACGUCAUGUAUUUUUACUUUCAAGACUCAUUGUGUGAACAUUGAAUUUUCUUUUUUAUUUGUAAAUGUUUGCAGUAGGUUUCUUGUCCUUUGCAUAUACUGAUUACUCAGCUUUCUCAUCAGUCUUACUCCUUACUCGUAAACAGUGCCCGCUGUGGCUGUUUAGUUUUGCUAAUCAUGAUUGAAGUCACUUCUUUUAGAGUUGCCUUGGAAUGAAGAAUGUUGAUGCUAUGCUCAUUGGUCUGGAUGGUCAGUACUUUGUUUUUUUUAAUAUGAGAAACUCUAAGGGAAAACAUUGAAAUUUUUUUCAUCGUCAUUAGAAUAUAUAAGCAUUAUUUCAAGUUGUAGCUUUUUACAGCUGCUCCACUAAAAUAGAGUCGCAUUCUGAAUUCUUGCCUCCUGUUUAUCAUGUAACUUCUGUGGCAGAUCAGAAUUCCUGUUGAAGGAUGAAUUGUUGUCAUAUGUGGCGAUCGAUGCUGACAGCUGACACAGUAGAUGUGGCGGUAUGGACCUGAUAUCAUAACAUGAGAGCAAGCUGUCUUCAUAGGGUUCGGAGGCGUGGAGCUGAGAGGGACCUUGUCGGGUCAUCGUGUCCAGCUCUCUCAUGUUGCAGAUGAGGAAACUGAAGUUCGGAGGGGUUUGUGGCCUGCUCAAGUUUACACUGGUAGUAACAGCAGAGGCCAAAGCUCUGUCCUGUGACUCCAAAGCUAGGGCUGCCUCAUUAAUAUAUGACAUGCUAAUUUGAUUAGAAAUGAAGUAAGAUACAACAUAGUCUUUAAAUACAAUUCCAGUUUCCUCAGUGGAUUGUAAGCUUUUUAGGGCAGCAACCACAGGUUGUUUAGCUGUAUAUAUCACCCUCCAUGGGUAGCACAGUGCUUGGCGUGAAGUAGGGUCUUAAUCAAUGUUUGUUAAUUGAAUUAUUGGAAGAACAUUGGAUGUAGUCCCUUAGACAGCUUCUGUGUUUCCUCAAGGAUGGAUGUGAUAGAGUGGAAAGAACACUAAACAUGUACAUUGGAGACCUAAGCAUUCUCUACCUGGGCCUGACUUUGGUAUUAACUAGUUAUGCCAUUUUUGACAAUUUGCUUGAGAAUAAAAUUCUCCACUGAAAUAAUUUUUUAAAUAAUAAUUUGAACUUUGCCUAAUUUAACUGUUUCUCCAUUUAGUGUUCUUCAAACCAAUAAAAUAUCCUUGAUCACUUUUUUAUUUUUAGGAGUGGCUUGUGUGAAAGAUCCAUUGCAUGAAGUUCUUUGUUACUGCUUUCUAGAAGGCUGAGGUAAUAUGAAGUUACCUUCAGUGAAGGGCCACUGAUGGUUUUGGAGCAGAGGAGUGACAUCAUCAGACUUGUGUCUUAGGAACCUAAAAAUCCUUCCCGUGGAAAUAGUCAAGGCUAUACACAUCUUUCCCAGGUCCCUUUGGGUUUGAACGUUCCAUAAUCAUAGACCAUUUUGAAGUUAGGAAUGUGCACAUUCACAUUUUAAAGCUCAUUUUUUCUCAUAAGAAUAGAAAACCUGUAGAGUACAAAUUUCUAUUUCCCUGCCACAGAAUUAAUCGCAGCAUCAUAAUAAGCAAUUGUUUCUGCUUUUUGCUAACAAUUAAAGCUAAUGAUCUAGAAACAUAUUUUCUUUUAUAAUGAAAUGGCACAAAUGAAUUUUAGCUCUUGCCUGACCGAGUAUUCUGAACCUCUCUAGUUUAUGUUACUGGGUUCUAAUGUAAAAUUUAUAAACAUGAUGAAUGAACUCCACUGAGUGCAUAUAAAUCAUCUGUUGUCUGGCUUCUGUUGGUGGUUAAGAAAGAAGUUUAAAAAAAAAAACAAACAACUUGGAGCAAAAUCUAAUAAAAUUCCAUGAAACAAAAUAUUUAAUAGGUAAGAAUGCCUGGGACCUGAUUAGUUUGAAAAAGAUCUUGGGGUAAUUAUGUAAAGCAGAAUGGGGCAGAGGUAAGGGGGGUUAGGGAGGAGUCAUUGGUAUUUUGGAUUGAACAUAAAAGAUUUCUAUUAUGGAAUGGGGAAAUAAUAGGUCCUUGCUACACAAUUUUGGCAAAGUUUCCACUAGAAAACUAUUCAAUUUUCACAUUCAAUGAAGAAUAAAAAAAAUUUCUCACCCCCACCAACAUCAUCUUUGCCUACUAUCUCAAUCCACAGGUCACAGGAUCAGGAGGAGUUGUUUGGAUCACAUUUCUCAUUUUUAGAACAUUACUGAAAAAUAUCCAAGUCUGGAAAACAGGAAUUCUUCAUGGCAUCUGUCUCCAGUAUAAAACGAUCCAGUUCUUCAAUGCGUAGCAUUUCUUUUAUGUCUUUGAAGUUAAAGGAUUUCACUGUAAUUUUUAAAAGAGCUGAAAUAUACUUUAAAAAAACUAGGUUAGGUGGGGAGAGCCCAGAUGUUGUAGACAGCAAGUCUGUAAAGUGCUCUUUUUCUAAACUGACUAGCUUAUUUAGUUAACAUAGACAUAGCUUGAAGACAAUGCAGCUUUGCUGAAAAUCACCAGCAAGUGGACAUUUAACCCCACAAAGGAGUUACAUUUACUCUGUACUACUCUGACAUUCUUUUGUUCAAAUAGUAUUAAAUUCUCAGCAGGUAGUUUAGGACUACAAGAGGAUUCUUCUUAGCUCAGUGAAACCUAGUCUUAAGUCUUUUCCCCUAAGCGGCUUGUCUUUUUAUGUAUGGGAAAAUUUCACAAAGAGGAGUUGAAAGAUUAAUAUAAGGCUAGAAGAAAGUUAAAGCUGAGAUUGGAAAUGAGUUCCUGGCAUGUUUGCAUCAGUGCAAUGUACUUUUUUUGGUGAGGGGUGAGGCUCAGCCAUCUGUGACAUUCUUCCAUUUUCUUUUUAAAAAAAAGUUAUUGCAUUGCACCGUAAUUAUUACAACUGUAGAGAAAGACACUUAUUAAUAGGAAAUGGACAUCUAGGUUAAUUCAACACCCUAACUCCCCCAGAUAGAUGGUAUUUUAGGGCUGAAAACUGUCCCUCUUUGCUGUCCUGGUUUCUCCUGGGCAAAAUACAUAAAGAGAAAGCAAAGAUGCAGUCUAUAUAUGUUCCAAAAGCAAGAGUAGGAAAUUCUUGAAGCUUUGUUGGAGGUCUCUCAUCCCUGAAGUGGAAAUGAUUUGUCUUUUGCAAUGAAAAGGCAAGAAGCAACCAUGAUUUUAUUAUAAUAGUAUUUGAUAAAGUAAGACCAAGCACUGUUUUGAGGGGUUGAUCUGAUGUUGGUUUGAUGAUGUGUGGCCAAACUAAUACCAUGACAUUUUGAAUAAAUGUGCACUUUUGUUUUGGAAAAGUCUAACAAGCUUUAAAAAAAAUACUCUAACAGGCAUAAUAUUAAGUGUUUGGGGGUUUAAAAUACUUUUGCCUCUUUCAUAAAGGGGAGGAAGAUAGGGGACAAACAGAGACCAUUUACUUUUAAGAUGGGGAUCGUUAUUUUUGGGAUGACAGUGCUUAGGCUGAGCUUUGUCUAAACCUAUUUCUGUUCUUAAAUGGUAGCAGUCUGUGACAGCAGAGACUAUUGUUCUACCACAAGAGCUUUUAGUUAGAAAAGAGAGGGAAUGGAGAAUGUGGAAUGACUCUUAGACUUACUUUAAAUGCCCACUAUGGGUGUUACACCCAGCAGAUGAUUAGGAAAUGUAGGUCUGUCAUGACUCACAAUGUUACUGUCUUAUAACAGUGGUUCCUUACUCCUCAGACUUAGAUAUACAUGCCACUAAACCAAUCUUGUUCCUUGAAGCAUGAUUUUGGCACCAGAUGUCAUGUGCUACCUUGUGUGACCUUGGACAAAUCACUUCCCUGAGCCUCAGUUUCCUUCAUCCAUAAGAUGAAGGCUUAAGAGUUCAGUAACUAGAGAUGGCUUCUAAGGUCACUUCCAGCUCUAAGUCUGUGAACCUAUGAUCAUAAAGGGACCAUACUAUGAUUAAUAACAUGGGCUGUAAAAUUGCCCUGAGUCAAGACUUACAAAGGGUUCCAUUGUAAUCAAGGUACAUAUUUCAGCUUGACUUCCUUCACCUCUCUGUGUUAGAAUCUGUUUCUUCGUUUGUCAUCUUUCCUGCUUCCAUAGGUAUUCUUAUGUGGUAUAUCUUUUUGUUCAAUUCAGUAGACAUUAAGUGUUUACUGUAUGCAAGGUGCUAUGCUAGGCAUUGAAGACACAAAGAAAACUAUCUCCUGCAAGGAACUUAAAGUCUAAUACAGGAUGAGGGGUGGUUGUCUGUGGAAAUACAACGUUUACACAAAUAAAUUAUGGUACAGGACAGGAAGUGAUAGGAGCGAAGAGGAGAUGCAAAAUGCUCCAGGAAAAUUUAAGGUCAGUAGUCUAGUCACUUCAGACAGUGGGGAAGGCAAUGAGCCAAACAAACCGAGAGUUAAGUUUGAUGUCAUUCACUCUCUUUCCUAAGAAAAGGCCUUUUGUUCUACUACUUUCCUAAAAGGGGAAAAUCUAGGCAAGUUUUUAGACUGGAAAAAAAUAAUUAUUUAUUAAUACUUUCAGUUGGACUAAAAAUGGUUUUUAUUAUGCUUCCACAUGAGACAGCAAAGGAAAUGGAGAAGUUGUAUAACUAGGAAAAAAGCAAUGUCAUGAAAAGAAAAAAAGGGCUUCUGAAGCAUCAUGCUGCCAGUUAUAUGUAUGGGUGUGUGGAUGCAUAUAUAUUAUGUAUAUAUGUAUCAAAGAAAAUAAGGACUGAGAAAUUGCCACUGGAUUUGGGAGUUAGGAGGAUUGGAAUAUAAGUCAAAGAUUGAUUUUUUUCUGUAAUAAUUUACUUUUGCUACAGAGUCCUAAAAACCAGUGUGCCAUUGGUUAGGAGAUAUUUCUGGAAAAAUGCACACAGUUCUGUUGGCUUUAUGGAAUGGCAACAAAAACAAUAAUAAAAAGCCAAAAUGUGUGUAGAACUUCAAAGUUUGUAAAGUGCUUUCCUCCCAGCAAACCUGUUAAGUAAGCUUCAUUAUCCUUAUUGUACAGAUGAAGAAAUGGAGAUGCUAAGAAGUUAAAGGACUUAGCCAAAGGUCAUAUGACUAAUGUAUUGAGACGGGCUUCUAACCCAGGUCUCCUGCACUCUCACAACUGUGCCGAGCUCUCCUGUGCCGUGGGAGAGGGGGAGCAUGUCAGACAAUAUCUCAGAGUUCAGGUGCUUAGGAUGACCAAGAGGGAAGGCUUCUGGAGAGGUCACUUUCAGCUGAGGGAAUGAGGAAGGCUUCAUAAAGGAGGAAUCACCUAAAUUGGCCCUUGAAAGCAGAGAUGAAGAGGUAAUGCCUUUACAGGAAUGGAGGUUGGUCCUUGCAAAUGUAUAGAAGCAGGAGAAUGUGAGGUAGGAUGUCUGCAGUGUCCUGGAGUGCUAAGAUAUAGACAAGGAGAAAGUCUUUUUUCCUCCCUCCUCUUCCCUUUAAUCCCAUAACUAUUCUAUUUAGGAUUGUUUAUAAUUUGAGAUUUUCAGGGACUGCAGUUUCUGCUACAGGGAGGGAAUAGGGCGGUUGUUUGAAAUGCCAUCUUUCCCUCAAGCUAUAGAUAGCCAGACCCAAAGCUCCUUACUUGAGAAACCUCAUACUUUCCAUAAAGACUUCUCCCUCCCCCUCCCUCUCCAAGAGAUUUAGUGCAAAUCCCCCCAGAGGUUAUUUAACAUUAGCAUUGGCUAGCAACCCUUUCCCCCAAACCUGCCAACUCACCGUCAGACAUAACUGCCGGCCCUGUCCUCAUUCUUCAGCACCUUCCUUCUUUCCCUUGGGGAGCACACUACAGUCCUGGAGCCAUGGUUGACAUGGGGGGCCUAGACAACCUUAUUGCAAAUACAGCUUAUCUACAAGCCCGCGAUGGAGACACCAAGGACAUGCAGAAACGGCGACGCAGCCUGGCACUGCCAGCCCCUGAGCAUUGUGCAGAGCUGCGUCAAGCCUUGCCCACUCACUUUGAGAGUUUGUGUGAGCAGCAGCCCAUCGGCCGCCGUCUCUUCCAUGACUUCUUGGCCACCGUGCCUGCCUACAAAGGGGCUGUGGACUUCCUCACUGAGGUGUCUAGCUGGGAACUAGCUGAAGAGGAUAGUACCAAGGACAGCACUCAGAGGAGGCUGGUGAAUGCUUGUGCACAGGCCAGCACCCCCACGGGCCAGCUCCCGUUCCUCAGCCCAGGCCUGGCCACCAAAUGCCAGGUUGCCUCUGAGAAGGAGCACGCAUCCCUAGUGGAGCUGGCCAAGGCUGAGACGAUGGCCUUCCUUCAGGAUGGGCCUUUCCGGGACUUCCAAGCUAGCCCCUUCUUUGACAGGUUUUUACAGUGGAAAGCCUUUGAACAGCAGCCAGUAACAGAAAAAUAUUUCGAUGAAUUCCGAGUGCUGGGGAAGGGGGGUUUCGGGGAGGUGUGUGCCAUUCAAGUGAAAAAUACUGGCAAAAUGUAUGCCUGUAAGAAGUUGGACAAGAAGCGGCUGAAGAAGAAAAAGGGGGAGCAGAUGGCUCUUCUAGAGAAGGAAAUCUUGGAAAAAGUCAACAGCCCUUUCAUCGUGACCCUGGCCUAUGCCUUUGAAAGUAAGGCCCACCUGUGCCUGGUCAUGAGCCUGAUGAAUGGUGGGGACCUCAAGUACCACAUCUACCAUGUGGGUGAGCGGGGCCUGGAGACCAACAGGGUCAUCUUCUACUCUGCGCAGAUCACGUGUGGAAUAUUGCACCUCCACUCCAUCGGCAUUGUCUAUCGGGACAUGAAGCCUGAGAAUGUCCUUCUGGAUGACCGUGGCAACUGUCGGCUGUCUGACCUGGGAUUGGCUGUCCAGAUCAAAGAUGGCAAGCCCAUCACCCAGAGGGCUGGAACCAGUGGUUACAUGGCUCCAGAAAUCCUGAAGGAAGAAGAAAGUUAUUCCUAUCCUGUGGACUGGUUUGCAAUGGGGUGUAGCAUUUAUGAAAUGGUAGCUGGGCGAACGCCAUUCAAAGAUUACAAAGAAAAGGUCAGCAAAGAAGAUUUAAAGCAGAGAACCUUGAAACAAGAAGUCAAAUUCCAACACCCAGGCUUCACAGAAGAAGCCAAAGACAUAUGUCGUCUCUUCCUAGCCAAAAAAGCAGAACAACGCUUAGGAAGCAGAGAAGAAGGAGAUGAUCCCAGGAAACACGCUUUCUUCAAAACAAUCAACUUUUUCCGACUGGAGGCUGGCCUCAUCGAACCCCCCUUUGUGCCAGACCCAAAUGUGGUGUAUGCCAAAGACAUCGCUGAUAUUGAAGAUUUCUCUGAGGUCAAGGGCAUCGAAUUUGAUGAAAAAGAUAGAAAGUUCUUUAAAAAAUUUGCAACAGGUGCCGUUCCUAUAGCCUGGCAAGAAGAAAUUAUAGAAACAGGACUCUUUGAGGAACUCAAUGACCCCAACAGAUUGUCAGACUGUGUAAACGGCAGCACAGCCAAGUCUGGGGUGUGUAUGUUACUGUAAGCCUUGACCUGAUUGUGGAACACUUCAAACACUUGGAAAAUCUCUUGGAUAGGGUUUGAUCAAUCAGAAGCAUUUCACAGACUGUGAAACUGGACUAACAGUAAGGUUCCAUUUAUAAAUGCAAAAUGCUUCCUAGCAGCCCUGCAAGGUGGGUAGAGCAGCUACAGUAGUCAUAUUUUACAAAUAUCUGAGAGCUUAGCAGUUUGUCCAUAGUGAUGUAGCCAAUAGUGUCUGAGGCACAAUUCGAACCCAGGUCUUCCAAAUCAAAGUCUGGCACUCAUACCCUUCAUUUUACAAAUGAGGAAAGGAGGCUGAGGCCAAGUUAUAAGUGCUUAUAAGGCACAGUGCCUGGCACACAGGAGGCACUACAUAAAUGCUUUUUCCCUUCCUCCACUAAAGAGAUUACUUUUUUUUUUUAUUUUGGGUUGACAAAGUCAGAUGAUGUGUCAAUUUUUAGUGAAGACUAGGAAAAGGAACACUUGGGUUUAUUUUGAUAAACUGAAAGUAUGAGCACUUCACCGUCAUGUCCCUAUGAAUUACGCAAAGUCCCUGAGACAGAGAAUGGAACUCUGUGGUGUGUUCUGAAAAUGACCAUUUGCAAUUCUUGGUAAACAGUCAUUUUUAUUUUGUUUCCCCUCUUCAUCUUUCACUUUUUCUUAUUCUGAGUAGUUUAAAUAAAAGACUUUAAGGGAGGAAAAAUUGUUGACUUUGCCUUUUAAAAAGAGAAAUUAUGACUUUUUGAUAAUAUUACAGAUUAUAGAAUACUUUUCAAUUGCAUUGACGGAUCUCUUUAUAAUCCUUUAAAUAAUUAACUAUUUUAACUUAAAAUUCUCUUAAAGGCAAAAAUGUUUUCAUGCAGUAGGUCUAUGGCUUGAGCAAAUACUAAGAGAUUAAAUUUUUCCCACAAAAGCAAAUUCAGAUCCUGUAUCAUGUAAUGAUACUAAAAAUAGCAGCUAAUAUUUACCUAGCGCCUACUGUGUGCCCAAGCACUGCGCUAGGAACGUUACAAAUGUUAUCUCGUUUGGCCCUCGCAGCGACCCUCGCAGGUGAGGCGUGUGAUCCGUUGUUUUGGCUACUUAAUUAAAUCUCCAGUCCAGAAUUUAGACCAUGAAUUCUGAAUUUCUAAAAGAAUUUUGUUUUAAAAAAUUAUAGGCCAAGUGAAAAUGAACAUAAUUGAUAUGUAGCUAGUACAGUCUCUUUCCCUUGAAUAUUUUCCCAGUGUAGUGACCUCUGUGAUUUCGAGGGAGUAAAAAAAAAGUGGAGGAGCUUGGAAUCUGACAACACAGGAUCAAGAAUCAGAUGGUAAAUGACAGUUCUCUGUACAUUAUACGCACCCUCAUAGCAUUGUAUGGCGGUCUCCAGACUCCACGCUUUAAAUUAAAUGUUUUUGGACUCACAUCAGGAUCUGGGGAGAUACAGAAAAUGUGUCCACACAUACCAACAUACACCCACACACAGAUUUUUCUAGAAAUGCCCGAAUUAUGAGAAUAGAUCAAAGAAACUUUUUAAAGCUUGACCCUGUUUAAGACUUUCAAAAAAUACAGCCUUAGAAUCUUGAUUAACUUAAAUCCAACUAACCAGAACCUUAAUACUGUACUUUUUUCACACUUGAUCUUUAUGGAAAAGAAGCAAAUGACAAGGAAAUGCCAACCCUUAUCGGGUACGUAAUAAAAAAAAAAAACCAGAACAGGUUUCAGGGCAUAUCCUGGGAGUCAAUACACAUUCGGCGCAGUUUCUUCCAUUAUCUAAAUUGGCAGACCUGUGGCAGAGUGAUAACUUGGAUGUUCUGUAAGAGCCUAGAUCACCAAAGGAUGAUUACUGUGUUGUUCCGUGUUGGUCAAGAAGACCUGAAUU